AUGGCUAGCCAGAAACAACUGGAGGAUAUUAUACACGAGGUCAAUCGUGUAAACAAAUCCUUGUUGGAUGACUUGCUCACAUUAAAGGAGGACAAGAAACUGACAAACACUCAACUCAACUCUGCUCUUGCCGAGAAGGAGAAGUUGUUGCUAAAGUACGAGAAGUCAAAGAAGGAGUUGGAUGUUCACAAACAAAAGACUGAGGAAUCUCAAUCAAUAUUGAGCGAUUAUGAGAGUGAUGCUGCAAGAUUAAAAGCAGAAUGCCAGAGAUUAAAGGAUGAUCUGGCGUCGAGGAAUAGUGCAUUGGAUGAGGGAAAUGUAAAGUUGGCAGCACUACAAUCACAGAACACUCAAUUGUUGGAGGAUAAACAAAAGAUUGAGGAUACAAUACGUAAUAUCAAUGAUAAGGAUCGCAACAUUGAUUCACUCAACGCACAGAUCAAGGAACUGAGCGCCAAGCAAUUGAUAAUAGACAAACAACGACAGGAUGACAAUAAGAAACGAGUGGAAGCUGAGAGCUAUACGUGUGGUCUCGAGAAACGUGUCGAGGAGCUCGAGGACCUGAUGACCAAGCGUGAGGGCGACUCUAAGGAUCUGAAAGCCAGGACCAAGGAGCUGCAAGAGAAGGGCGAGACGAUCGCCAAACUAGAGGCACAGGUCACUGCACUAAAGGCCAACGUGGAGCAGCUCAACGAGCAGUUGGCGACGGCCGCACAGGACAAGACGACGAUGGCUGAGGAGCUCAGUGUGUUCCAGACAAUGUUGGAAAGAGAACAGAACAAUAGACAAAAGGUGGAGGACGACACUGUCACGAUGAGGAGUCAGCGUAUCGUCUGGGAGAACGAGCUCAAGACCGAGAAACUCAAGGUGGCCGACCUCGACAGGAUUGUCGAGAGACACAGACAGGACUACCAACUCCUAAAGGAGAAGCUCGACAAUGUACAGUUGGAGUUGGCAAGUGAGAAUGAACAGAACAAAUAUCCUAAAGCAUCGUUUGGAGUCUGUGCCAUCAACAAUCAAUCAAUCAACAAACACUAUACUGGCUGA